CCUUCGGUCUUGUUAACUGUACUUAAAGAGUGAGAUUUUAACCCUAUUUCUCUCUCUCCUGAAAUUUUAUACCAGUUUCUCUUUCGCUCUCACAUUCGCGUUCCUGUACCACUCUCUCUGUCUCUCUUUGGCUAUUUCUCAUUUGAAAUCCAAGAUGAAGAAAUCAAGUGGUUCUCAAAGAAAAGGUGGACCAUUAAAGGGGAUUUCAUCUCCAAGCUUCAAUUCAAUGCAGCAGGUUCCUAAUGGAGAUCAGAGAAAGUUCAAAUGGGGACAGGAGAACAAUCCAGGAGUCGAUCCCAACGUUCAGAAGAUCGACUCUCUCCCUUCUUUUCAAAAACCAUCUGUUGAAAAGGGUCGCAAUCCUAAAAGCAAUGAAGAAUGUAAAUCUCCAUCUGCUUCUUCUGGUUCUGAUGUUAAGGUUUUUGCAAGGAUUAGGCCACAAAGUAAUCUCGAAAGUGAAGGAUCACAAAUUGUGCGAAAUGUGUCUUCUGAUUCUUUGGCUGUUGGUGACCAAAUAUUUGGAUUUGACUCUGUUCUCGAUUCAAAAUCCACUCAGGAAGAUAUGUUUAAGCUGGUUGGCAUCCCACUAGUGGAGAACUGCUUAGCUGGGUUUAAUUGUUCGAUUUUGUGUUAUGGCCAGACUGGCGGUGGAAAGACAUACACAAUGUGGGGCCCCCAAAAUUCUAUGGUUGAAGAAAUCUCUUGCAACAGCCAACAUGGCCUUGCUCCCCGUAUAUUUAAGCAGCUAUUCUUGGAGAUACAAAAAGAACAAGAAAUCAGUGAUAAGUUGGUCAAUUACCAAUGCCGAUGUUCCUUUCUAGAGAUUUACAAUGACAAAAUCUCAGAUUUGCUGGAUCCAACCCAACGGAAUCUCCAAAUUAAAGAAGAUGUGAAGAAUAGUGUGUAUGUUGAGAAUUUGACAGAGGAAUAUGUGUCUGCAGUGGAAGAUAUAACCCAUCUUUUAAUCAAGGGACUUUCAAAUAGAAAGAUGGGAGGGACUAGUAUGAAUUCUAAAAGUUCUCGAUCUCAUAUUGUUUUCACUUGCAUCAUUGAAUCUUGGUGCAAGGAAUCUUCAUCAAGUUCAUUUAAUAGUACGAAGACUAGCAGAAUCAAUCUUGUUGAUCUUGCUGGAUUAGAGAGACAAAAGCUCGGCAAUGGAGAUAACGAGCGCAAAAAGGAAGCCAGGAAUGUGAAUCAAUCUCUUUCACAGCUUGGGAACUUGAUCUAUACUCUUUCUGAUGUAAAUCUGUCUGGAAAACCAAGAAGUGUUCCAUAUAAACAGUCCAGUCUGACAUACUUGUUGCAGGAUUGCAUUGGUGGCAAUGCAAAGCUUGCAAUUGUAUGCUCCAUUUCUCCAGAAGAAAGAUGCAAGUGUGAGACAUUGAGCACUUUACGGUUUGGACUCAGAGCAAAAGUUGUACAGAACAACGCAGUUGUGAAUGAAAUAACAGAGGAUGAUAUGAAUGAUUUAAGUGAUCAGAUCCGGCUGUUGAAGGAAGAGCUUGUGAGAGUGAAGACAGAUGGAAAGUCUUAUACUAACAGAGGGUAUUUUACAGGAUCUGAUGCACGUAAAAGCUUGAACAUUCUUAGGUCGAGUCUGAAUCGUUCCUUGUUACUGCCUAAACUCGAUGAUGUUAUUGAGGAAGAAAUGAAUAUUGAUGAAGCAGAUGUAAAGGAACUAUGUAUUCAACUGGACGAAUUGCAUGCUUCCUGUGAAGAGAAUGUGGAGGAAGACUGGGCCAAAUCCCCCUCUUGUGAACCAGGCAUGCUGUCUGCUUCCACAAAUGGGUGUAUAAAUAAUUCAGAUUUAUUAAAAGAUUCUCAAAUGCAAACCAGUGAAAUCCAGACAUGUUCAAUCGAUGAUGGCUUUUCCAACCCUGAAAAUGGCUCAAGACAGGGUUUACAAGGCAAUAACUCGGAAGAGAUGGAUCUUUCAAGAAAUGUUCAUGAUGCUACCAUGAACCUUUCAAUUGGUCAAGGACCUGCAAAACCAGUUGGAGAUUUGGCAGAAAUUACGAAGGAUGGGUCACUUAGGGAUUCUUUGAGGAUAUCUGAUGAUUCAGUUACCACUAAAGAUUGCCAACCUGCACUCAAUCUCAAGGAUCCAACCUCAUGUGAGUCUCCAAGAUUUGAAACUAACAGAAAGAAAAACAUCAUAAACCUAUCGAAUCUCUCUACAUGCCAUGAUCAAUCAUCCGAGACUCCUAAUAAUUCCACCCAAAAAAAUUUGAGAUCUUCACUUGCAGAGUCUGUAAGAAAGAGUAGCAAUGUAUUAUAUGCCUCGUUCAACAAAAAUAUUAAAAGCCCGGCUGAGUCUUUGGCUGCCAGUCUUCAUAGGGGUCUUGAAAUUAUCGAAAAUCAUGAGAGGGGAUCAGCUUCUAUGCAAUCCUCAGUAGAGUUUUCAUUUCAAACUUUGGGGUGGAGACCAUCUCAAGCAGUUGAUAAAGUGGAUGCCAGCAUGCAGACAAUAUCAGAGGAUGGAGCCCCCUUUAGUGGUGUUCCUGUUUUAUAUCUGUGUUCAUCUUGCAAGAAGUUGGACAUGGACAGAAACUCUUUGGUUAAUGGAACAGAUGACCAUGAUUACUCGCAUUGGUCGUUGGUACUUUCAAACGGCUCAGAGACUCUAGAAGGAUCUAAGGUUCGUGUAAGUAAGGAAGUUCGAGACAUUUUGGCAAGUUCUAUCAAAAGGGAGAUAACAUCUGACAUUAAUCUUGUGAAUAGGAUGCAUGAGGGAGACAAGCAGGAGAACCACACAGGGACGUUAGAUGCUGAUAAUGGAACAAAAGAGCUGCAAAUUGAGCUGCAGCAUGAACACAAGAGUUCUUUCAAUCCAGAAGAGAGAGAAUUUCUCCUCAAGGAGAUUCAGGACUUGAGAAAUCAGUUACAGGCAUAUAAAGACUCACCUGCUAAUUCACAUGAGACACCAAAUAGUAUCAUUUCAUUGAAACAAAGCCAAUGCCCAACUGAAAGAAGUAAUAAUGAAGAAUUUGAGCUUGAAAGGCAAAGAUGGACUGAGAUGGAAAGCCGCUGGAUUUCUUUAACAGAAGAAUUGACACUUGAUCUUGAUUCAAAUCGUAGACUUGCAGAGAAAAAAGAGCAAGAACUAAAUGCAGAGAAGAAGUGUUCGGAGGAGUUGGAUGAUGCAUUGCAGAGGGCCAUCCAUGGUCAUGCUAGAAUCAUUGAACACUACUCAGAGCUUCAAGAAAAGUAUAACUCUUUGCUUUUGCGUCACCGUAAGAUCCAAGAAGGCAUUGCAGAUGUUAAGAGAGCAGCUGCCAGAGCAGGAGCCAAGGGUCGUGGUUCCAAGUUCCUUGAUUCCCUUGCAGCUGAGCUUUCAGCUUUGAGGGUAGAGAGAGAGAGAGAGAGGGAGUAUCUCAAGAAAGAGAACACAGGACUUAGAACCCAAUUGAGAGACACUGCAGAAGCUGUGCACACAGCUGGAGAGCUCCUUGUGAGACUGAAAGAAGCUGAGGAGACCGCAGCGAUUGCAGAGGAGGGUCAUGUGAAAGCCAAACAAGAGACGCAGAAAGUGAAGAAAGAAAUGGAGAAAAUGAAGAAAAGACAUGCGGAGGAGAUUGCUAGAUUUAAGCAGUUUCUCGCUGAAACCCGGCUGCCUAAAUCAGCUCUGAAACCAUUACUGCGUGAUUCAGAGAAUGCGUACAGGGAGCUUCAAGAAGAAAACCAAGAGUGGAGAUCUGAGUUUGAGCCUUUCUAUCAACAAAGUAAUGACUGGUCCAAAGGACCUGUAUUCACUGAUCCGCCACAUUCAGGGGCCCAAAGCAAGAUAAAUAAUGGGAUUUGGGAGAAGUGGAGCCAACCUUGAGUUGCUCCAUCCUUUACAUGUUAUAAUCAUGAUGUAUUUCUGUUGUAUUUGUAUGGUUUCGCGUGGCUUUAAGCUCGGUUUGUUGGGCUGAGGUACACAAUUUUUUGCAGUAAAUUUCUUUUCUUCUCAGUGUAUUAAUAAUGAUAAUGUAUGAAGAUGGAGACUUGAUGGCGGAUGAAAGCAUGUUUUUCAUCCAGAUUAUAAAUUGUUACACUCAUAGAUAUACCAUGCUAUCAUUCGGAUU